AUGUCGCUCAUUCAACUGAGACAAAGUCGACUUAUGCUUACUUUGAUCGUGUUUAUUUCAAUUAACUUUGGUUAUUCUCAAGUAGUCAUAUCAAAUUUUCGUCCAUCAAAUGUUGAAAUAGUACCCAGUGUCGUAGUUAUAGAUUCGACUAGUAGUACUAAUUUCAUAUGUGUUGAUCAUGAAUCACACCAUAAGCCAUUGACAGUAAAUUUAUCAAAAAUAAUUCCGCCUAGUGAAAUGAAAAUCACUACUAAUCAAUUAAAUAAAACCGCAAUUAAUAUUCAACUUGAGAUGAAAAAUUACGUUGGAAUUUUCCACUUAUUAUGCUACAACGAUGGUGAAAAGAGUAAAGGCACUCGUGCCGAUAUUAUUGUCAAAGCUUCACCUGGCGUAUUUCAACUGGCCGAACGAUGUCGAGUCUAUGAUAGACAGUAUAUAAAAUGCUUGAUUCGAGCACCAACAAUAGCACGUGCCAUUCAAAAUGAUUACCCACCUAAAUUCGAAUUUCAUGAAAUCAGCCAAUCGCCUGAUCAUACGACUUACAUAUCAAGAGUUGAAUUCUUAAAAAAUGAAAGUACAAGCGAACAUUUAGUAUUUAAAUGGAAGCCAACUGUAGAUGGAGAAUUCCCAGAUCGAGUUCAGAUGCACAUGAAAGCUAUGUUACCUCAUUUUGAUGAGUCGUCUUAUUAUUUUGAUAUGACACCGAUUUUUCGAAUAACGCCAAAAUUCACUGUACAAUCAGAAUCGUCAACUGGAAUUCGAAUUAACGUUACACCUACGGAUCCGCCAGCAUUGUGUGAAAAAAGUAUUCUGCCAAAACUAAGCAUGGCUCUCAAUUAUACAUGGACAUUAAUCGAUUCAAAUCGUAAUACAAUUCUAGACGAUAAUCUUUUAUCUGAUUCGACCUAUCGAGUAUGUAUGAAAUGUCGGCAAACUUACAGUGAUCCAGAUGGUAAUCCAGUAUGUCAGGAAAUCACAACAUUGAGUAAACUAAGUGUUCUUUCUGAUCGAUAUUAUUUAAUCUUUAUAACCAUCAUUCUGAUCUUAAUUUUAUUCAUUAUUUUUGGUCUUGGAUUUCAUUUUUGGCAAAGUCGAAAAAAACCGCAAGAUGAACACGUGGUUACUCAACAAAUACAUACAAUGGGACCAUUAAAUUCGUAUGUUCUUGCUUCACCGAACCCAAUACCAAAUACUCCAAGAAGGAAGAAAGAUUCAGAAUCAUUAUUAAACUCUGAUGAUACCGAUUCGGACAAUGAAGAUCCAGUAAUUGGCAAUAGUAAUGAUCAGUAUAUUCAUAUUGCAUCAAUAGAAGAUUUUUCAGAAAUGUCCUCUCCACCGAAGAUUUUAUUUCCAUGCGAAAAUGAAUUUAUUUUGAGCAAAAACUGUACAAUACAAAAGUAG